AUGUUGUUGCUGCCCCACUGCCCAACUACCCGCACCCACAACCAACAACCACCACCACCCCCAACCACCACCACCACUACCAACCACCACCACCGCCACCACCAACAACCACCACCACCACCAACCACCACCACCCCCAACCACCACCAACCACCACCACCCCCAACCACCACCAACCACCACCACCACUACCAACCACCACCACCGCCACCACCACCACUACCACCACCCCCAACCACCACCACCACCACUACCAACCACCACCACCGCCACCACCAACAACCACCACCACCACUACCAACCACCACCACCGCCAACCACCACCAACCACCACCACCCCCAACCACCACCAACCACCACCACCACUACCAACCACCACCACCGCCACCACCAACAACCACCACCACCCCCAACCACCACCACCACCACUACCAACCACCACCACCGCCACCACCAACAACCACCACCACCACCAACCACCACCACCCCCAACCACCACCAACCACCACCACCCCCAACCACCACCAACCACCACCACCACUACCAACCACCACCACCGCCACCACCAACAACCACCACCACCCCCAACCACCACCACCACCACUACCAACCACCACCACCGCCACCACCAACAACCACCACCACCACCAACCACCACCACCCCCAACCACCACCAACCACCACCACCCCCAACCACCACCAACCACCACCACCACUACCAACCACCACCACCGCCACCACCAACAACCACCACCACCCCCAACCACCACCAAUCACCACCACCACCAACACCACCACCACCAACAACAACCACCACACUACUACUAUUCAUUCCAACAACUACACAAGGGAAGUCACUUCUUCUACUGCUACGACAUACAAUACUGUUGCUUAUGCUGUCGUUGA